GGGGUCGCUAUGGGCCGGAACCCACUCUGGCACCUCAACAACCAUCCCUCUCCAAAGGACAGGCCAAGUCUCGCCAUCCUCGCUUCUAAGGAGCAUGCUGGCUGCACGUCUUCCACGGCAGCUUUGUCUGACUAUUCUUUGGCAGCCUGUGGUACUUUCACCUCGACUACAGCCUGGUGAACCCUCAGGGACUGUUUUACUCUGGCUGGUAGGCUUGCUGAGAGUUGGGAUCAGCUGGGAGUACCUGACGGGCUUCCACAAGCGGAAGGUGGAGCGCAAAAAGGCAGCCAUUGAGGAGCUCAAGCAGCGGCUGAAGGAGGAGCAGAAGAAGCUUCGGGAGGAGCGCCACCAGGAAUACUUAAAGAUGCUGGCUGAGCGAGAGGAGGCUUUGGACGAGGCUGACGAGCUGGACCGACUAGUGACAGCAAAAACCGAGUCGGUGCUAUACGACCACCCCAACCACACGGUCACCGUGACCACCAUCAGUGACCUUGACCUCUCAGGGGCCCGGCUGCUUGGGCUGCCCCCCACUGAGCUGGGGCCUGGGGCCGAGGAGGAGGAGGCGGAGUCAUCCACGGAGAAGCCUGCCAAAGCCUUGCCCAGGAAGUCCAAAGACCCCCUGCUGUCCCAGCGGAUCUCCUCUCUCACGGCGACACUGCAUGCGCACAGCCGCAGAAAAGUGAAGAGGAAGCUGCCGCGGCGGGCACAGGACUCGGCCAAGAAACCCCCUAGUGCUACUCGCACCAGCAAGAGCCAGCGGCGCUGGCUGACUGGCAAGGCCCCGCAGGGCCGGGAGUGAGCCUGGCUGAAGCCAGGUGCUGAUGCCAGUCUCAGGCUAGGGCCUCGGACCACAAUGCCUGCCCCUUCCCUGGCUUUGCUCAUCCCCAUCCUGGAUGCUGUCAGCUGGGACAGGGUGCAGGGGGUGGGCAUGGUGAGGGGUUAUUCCCCAGCAAUGCCCCUGUGAGCCCGCCUUCUGAUCUGAGACGUGGGUGCUGGGCCAGGCUGGGUGACUGUGGGCAGUGCUGCCUGAGGCCUUGGGCUGUCCCUUCUUCCCUUGCUGGUCUGUCUCCUUGGCUGAAUUAAAGGGGCAGACGUAGGUGAGCCCUGGAAACUUCCCCUGCUCCAGGCUUCCAGAAGCUUCUAGCAGAGCCAGACAAAGAAGGGAUGGUUCAUCAAAGAAGACCAGUUGUCUCCUGGCCAGGGCCACUGCCCAAUCCUCUCAGAUCCCCAAGUAUGGCUCCCAGGCCCUUGGAAGCUGGUCUGGCCCUUCCUUGUCCCAGUGUGUGAGUGACCGAGAGAACAUUGGGUGGCUCCAGGCCCACCCCCACAGGCAGACUUGGUGCCUGGGGAUGUCUCCUUUGUGGUCUUGGGGUGGGAGGUGCAGGAACUAACUGCCUUAGGGAGCUGGCUUGGACCCUAAGCCUUAGGGUUGUAAAGGGAUAGGCUGUGAGCUGGGGCCUGGGUGAGGAGAGACAGACAGGGUGACAGGACUGAGCGUGUGAUGGGGCAGGAGACCAGGUUCAUGGGCUCCCCGCCCAGGGUGGUGGGAAUGCUCCUGGGGAGAUGGGGGGUGCGCAGGGCUGGUCCUCUAUUCUCUAUGAAGGGCCACUGGGCAGGCUUAGAAGGGCGGCUGAAGGCCACACCCAGGUAUGGGGCCGACAGGCCCUGCCACCUGACCUGGUCCCUCAGUUCCUUCCACUGCUCUUCCUACGCUCUCUGCCAGCUGUGGGGUGCCUCACCUCCCUGCCUGGCAGGGCCUGGAGCUCAUCCCGAAGCAUCGAGUGGGGGCUUUGCCUGCCCGAAUGCCAAGGGCCAGGAGCAGAGCCAGCUGGGGAGUGGGCACAGCAGGCAUUGAACCUGUGCCCUGCCACCUAGCCCACUGCAUGAGCUCCACUCAGCAGGCCUCCAGGCCUGACUCCUCAUCUAUAGGACAACACCGUGUGAGACCUGCCUUGUAGGGUGCCCGUCACUGCCACACUUCUGACCAGGCCCUCAGGCACCUUCAAUGUUAGGGGUCAUUUACAGCAGCCCUCAUGCUCUGUAAUGUUUACACAGAUUAAAUUCCCACCCCGCCCCGUG